AGGGCCCCUGGGAAAUCCAGCCCCAGGAGUUCCAGAAUUUUGUAGAGAAUGGAAAUUAGGAAGGGGUAGAUGUAGCUCCUGAUGCUGUGCCUCCACUCCCACGUGAGGUGGCCGUACCCAAAGGCGAGGUUGUGAGCGACCUCCAGGGACUGCCAGUACUCGUCAGGGACAUCACUGGUCUGGACAAUGUACACCGACAACACUCGCCAGACCACGAGGUACCCAAACGCUCGUUUAUUCAUCCUCUCCUUCGGUGAUGUUUAAACAAACCCCGACUCCCUGGAGAUUAUUUUUGUUUACCUCUGGGGCACGAGGAGCUGCUGCACUCUGGGGGGCACCUGUCACACCUCAAAAGUCAUGUUUUCGUGUUUAUCUUUUCCUUUUGCCUGAUUUGUCGGUAAGUCGAGGUUAUUUUGGCAUCUGAAUGUCUCUGAUAGGCUGUAAACAAUCGUUUCACAACUACGUGGCAUGGGUGACGGUGUAAUCAACAAUUAGUAGUGAUUUGUGAAGUGAUAGGGCUCAUUCUGGAGGAUAUACUGAGGAGUUGCUGGAGGAAGUGGAUUUCUGUUGCAGGAGAGUGCCUGAGGGGAUGAUUGUUUAGUGGAUUGUUGGGGUGAUUGGCGACAACAAAUGCCGGAGAAGAGGAAGAAGAUGGGAACUCUGCGGGCGCUCAUUCUUGUUGGGGGGUAUGGGACCAGGCUACGCCCUUUGACGCUCAGCAGGCCAAAGCCACUUGUGGAAUUCGCGAAUAAACCCAUGUUGCUGCAUCAGUUUGAAGCUUUGGUAGCAUCGAACGUAACCGAGAUUAUCCUAGCGGUCUCCUACCGCGCCGAGGAGAUGGAGAAAGAGCUGUCAGCUGAGGCUGAAAAACUGGGAGUCAAUCUCAUAUUCUCCCACGAGAAAGAGCCCCUCGGCACUGCUGGUCCACUAGCUCUCGCAAAAGACAUAUUGUCCAAGAGCGAUGAGCCCUUCUUCGUCCUCAACUCAGACAUCAUCUGUGAUUUUCCAUUCAAACAGCUGUUCCAAUUUCAUAAAUCACAUGGAGGCGAGGGAACAAUUGUCGUGACCAAAGUGGAAGAGCCGUCCAAGUAUGGAGUUGUUCUUUACAAUAAAGAGGGAAGAAUUGAGAGCUUCAUCGAGAAGCCACAGGAAUUUGUUUCUAAUAAAAUUAAUGCAGGAAUUUAUAUAUUUAAUCCUAGUAUACUAAGCAGAAUUGAGCUGAAACCAACGAGUAUUGAGAAAGAGGUAUUCCCAGGGAUGGCCAGUGACAAUGUCCUGUACGCAAUGGAGCUCCAGGGCUUCUGGAUGGACGUGGGACAGCCCAAGGACUUCCUCAAAGGUAUGUGCCUGUACUUGGCCUCGCUGAGGCAGAAACAGCCCGAGAAGUUGUACUCUGGUGAUGGGGUCGUUGGCAAUGUCCUCGUGGACCCAACAGCAGUGAUUGGAAAAAAUUGUAGGAUUGGCCCUAAUGUUACUAUUGGUCCUGGGGUGGUUUUGGCUGAUGGGUGCUGCAUUAAACGCUCCACUAUUCUCAAGUCUGCGACGAUUAGGGAACACAGCUGGCUUGAUGGAUGCAUCGUGGGGUGGAGAUGUGUGGUGGGUCGCUGGGUGCGUAUGGAAGGCAUAACAGUUCUCGGGGAAGACGUUAUCGUCAAGGACGAGCUGUACAUCAACGGUGGACAAGUCUUGCCUCACAAGAGCAUCGCCAGUUCAGUCCCUGAGCCCCAGGUCAUCAUGUGACUCUACUCAUUCCUGAAAAAGGCAUUGAACUUUUUUUUGACUGAAGAAAAUCCAUUCUGAUGACAAUACCCCAAAAUAAAACAUUUAUAAUAUAAUAAUAUAUAUGUAUGCUAUAUUAUUAUAUUAUAAAUUUUACAAUAUAUAUUUUUCAUAUUAUUUUUCUGGAAAAUAUUCCGUGACGAGUCCAGGUGCAACUGCAAUCGGUUUUUAUAAAAUGUUUUCACGAGAAUAAUUUAUAAAAAUGUACACGAACUUUGUAAAAUAA